AUGUCGGAUCCGCCCGCUUCGGGCGGCGGCCCGAAGUUCCGUAUCGUAGCCGGAAGAGGUCUAGGAGAACGGCCGUCGCCAGGAACAUCGGUUGGUUCACCACUGACACAAGAAAUCAAGCCACCUCAGAUGAUGACAUCAUCAACGAUGCAUAUGCAGCAUCAGCAGCAUGCUCAGCCAAUGCAACAGCAGCAAAUGACUAUGCAAGGGACUCCUUCUACCUCGAUUUCUUCUGGUGUUGUGGUGCAGAUGAAUCAACCCCAGACUUCUCAGUCUAAUACCCCUCAGCCACUGCAAACCAGUGACAGUCAGGGUAUGGUUACAAAAUGUGUGCGCUUUUUCAAGACCUUGAUACAGUUGUCGCAACAACCUGAACAACAACAGCCAUCGCAAAAUCCUCAACAAACUGCUCACCUUGUAAAGGAACUUGUCAGUACGUUGGUAUUUGGUCAAAUGCCUGCAGAGGAGUUCACAACUCGACUACAAAGUGCCUUAAAAUCACAAGCACAGCCUCAUUUACUUCCAUUCCUUCACAAAACCCUUCCUUAUCUUCGCGCUGCCAUGAGAAGUGGUGAGGUGACUAUUGAGGGUGUUGUACCGCCACCUGGUAUGAUGGUCCCACCUGCGCAGAUUGAAGCUGCCUCACCUCAACAACAAGUUCAUAUGCAAAUGCAACACCAACAGCACAUCAUCACUGCUCAACAGCAACCGUCGUCUCAGCCGGCCACUCAGCAUAUUCACUCGCAGCCAAUACAGAUGGAACAUCAACAGCUGCAGAUGCACCCGCAUCCACAGAUGGGGAUGCAACAGCCACAGCAAAUUGUGCAUUCACAUUCACAACAUCAGCAAAUGCCAAUGGUAUCACAACAGAUGACUAUUUCUCAUCAACAGCAUGCACAGCAAAUUCCACCUGAACAACGUCAAACGACAUCGCAGGGCAUGAUGUAUGCACAGCCCUCUGGUGCAGUUAGCGUGGUGUCGGUACCUAUCCAGGAACAUAACGAGCAGGUGGCUCCGAUGGAAAGAACAGACUCUGCCACUGCCGUAGAACCUAUGGAUGAUACUCCGGCUCAACAUCCUGAAGAAGAGAUGAUACAAGUUCGACAAAUGCAAGAAGGAGCGCUUGAAAGUGCGCUUUUACGACCGCCUGAUAUCAUGAGUAGAAUCACGCAAUGUAUGAACGAGAUGUGCUAUGUUGAUGAAGAGGUACUUGUAUUGAUAUCCGAUGCAGCUGAAUGCCGUCUUCGUGAGAUAAUAGGCGAACUUGCUAUUCUGGCCGAACAUCGAAUGGAGCCCUUGAGACUGAAUCCCAAUUAUGGACCAAUUGAUGACACACGGCGUCAGCUGCGCUUCCUUGAAGACAUUGAUAGACAACAGGAGGAACAACGUGAAAAUCGUGAAAAGGAAGCUUUGAUACGAAUGAGUAAAAGUAAGGGCAUCGCAAAGGAUACGAUUGAACGGGCAAAGGAAAUGCAACGUGCAGAUGCCGAAGCCAAACGAAAUCGUGACGCGAACGCCGCUGCAAUUGCUGCUUUGAGUAGCGGUAGCAAAGUUUCUAGACCGAAAUGGGAUCAAGUAAGCGGUGGUGGAGUGUCUGGUGCAGUACACCGCCCUCGUACAGUACGUGUCAACAUUCGCGAUCUCCAUGUUCUCGUAAAUAAAGACAGCAGAUUUCGAAGAUCUCAACUCGCCCAUAAACUGGCUCUCAGUGGACCACCCAGUGAAUCACUUUGA